GAGGUGCUUGUGAUCGAAAAAGAGGAUGAGGUCGGAGGUUUGGCUCGUUCCGUGACCGAUCGUCGAGGAUUCACUUGGGAUCUUGGAGUGCAUGUCACAGGUUAUUCGAAGUAUCAGAAAUUUACAAAUGUAAUCAAUCGCGCUGUAAGUCAUUGGAAUAAUGUACCGAGAUGUGUCAAGGCUUAUAUGAGACAUAUCGUCGAAGAUGACGACAAUGUAGAGAUCAACUAUGUCCCAUACCCGGUGCAAGACUCGAUACCGUAUUUCCCUGAAGAGAUCAAGCUACAAUGUCUGGAGGAGAUCUCAUCUGCUUCGACAGCAAAAGAAUCAGCAAAGAACUUUGACGAGUUUACGUUGCAUACUUUUGGCCCGACUCUUCAAGAAAUAUUUAUUAGACCUUAUAAUGAGAAGGUGUGGACUGUGCCAUUGUCGGAAAUGAAUUGUGUUUGGGUAGAAAACCGAGUGCCUCGCACUUGUAUCGACGAUCUCAAGAGGCGAUGCCGUCUCACUAGAGAAGAACUGGAUGCUGAGGAAGAAUCGAAGACCAAAUCGAUGUUCAGGUAUCCCACCGAUCUUCGAGGAAUUGGGGAGCUAUGGAGAACUAUCGCUUCAGAAAUGCCAGAGCAAUGGUUUCGCCUUGGAGACCCUGUCGUAGGGAUAGAUCCAAAGAGAAAAGAG